GUGUGUGUGUGUGUGUGUGUGCGUGUGUGUCAUUUCGCGAGGCCCUUGAACCAAGCCCUUAGUUGUAUCCGCAUUUGAAGGUAUAAUCCGGCCGUAGUAUUGGUGCUGGUCUGGAGUAUUGGCGAGUGUGGUGACGGGAGCGUUGGGUCUCGGGUUGACUCCGGCUUGUUGCCGGCGAACUAUUACGCACAUCCAUGGUCUUAAGAGGCGACAAGCGAGAGUGGCCGAUCACCAAUGGGAUCGCCCGCGGGUAAGAGAGUGAGGCGAGGAGGGUCUGGUCGGGUUUUUUUUCUCGGUUUUCCCAUGGUUCUCAUGGCUCCCAUGAUACCUUGUUUGGACGUUCGAGGACUUCUUGUUGUCGCCGUUGGCUCGGUACGACGUCGUCCGGGUGGUUCUGUGCCUCUUGCGUGCUACACUCAUUCCGGCGCUUGUCAGCUUACCGUGUUUUCCCCUCUGCCUCAGUCCUGCAAGCCGUUGCCGUAUGUGCUGCCAUCUGAUGACCCUCUCCGAUUCUUCUUCAGAACGAUGUCUUCUCGCAUAUGUUUUCUCUGUUGCUUGCCGUACAAUGGGUAACGUUCCCAGCAAAACAGGGGUGAUGAAUGGAGCGGGGACUAGUGAAAAGAGGUGUGAUGAGAUAAGAGGAAGAUGCGAAGGUUAGGGGGGGACGGACAUGGUGGGAAAGGGUACCGGGCGGGAGGAUGGCUAUUCUUUUUGUUUUCAUACUGUCCGUACAGAGUGCCCAGGUUAGACCAACCCGUUUGUCUGCUCCCUUCAUUACCCCAGAGCCAGCCAAGAGGAGGGACAGGGUA